AUGGCGCACCUCGUCAGAUUCUUGUUGAUGGUGUUAUGCCAUUUGGUUGUCGGCAUAGCAGCAGGGAAAGUCCCGUUCAACUGGAAUGAGAUUAAAUACGUCUACGUUUUUGGUGAUUCAUACUCGUACGUCCAGGGUACACUAGGUCUCGCAAACUUUAGCUUUAUCGGCGACGCAUUCAAUCUGUCGUAUACGCGGUCUCAACUUCUCUCAGAUGAACUGAUAUACCGAUACACUGCGUCUAAUGGAGCGAACUGGCCUGAAUUCCUCACAGGCUGCUUUUCCGGCCUUCCCUCCAGCUGUCCCCGUCAACUAUGGGACUUCGCAUUUGCAGGGGCAGACAUCGACCCAAAUCUAUUGCCUCCGCACCACAACUUCUCCGUCCAACUUACCACUCAGGUUGCCCAAUAUGUAACCUAUGCCGCUGAUGUCCUGCCGCACCCGCCGAACGAGACCAUGACAGCAUGGUGGAUAGGGAUCAAUGAUACUGGCGACACACUGAACAACGCUACCAUAACAGACUUCAAUGCCUUCUGGGAAGAAGAGAUGUCCUCCUAUUUCAGAGCGGUGCAACAAGCGCAUGCCGUCCUCUCCUCCACGCAUGUCUUCUUCACCGUGCCUCCAACCGACCGCUCCCCUUCACAUCUGCCAGUCUCCUCUAAUUCAUCGCAGACCCUCAAGCAGCAUAUCCUCGCCUAUAACAUCGUCCUGCGACAGCACGCGCAGUCCUUCGCCGAGGCGAACCCAGGCUCGACCAUCCUUAUAUUCGACGCGCACCAGGUGUUCACUAACAUCCUCGACAACUACUCCGCGUACGGGUUCACAAACAUCACUGGGUAUUGCCAAUGCGACGACGACAGUUAUUUCUGGUACAAUACUGGCCACCCUACGGAGCGGGUGCACGAGCUCCUAGCCUUGGCUCUCGAAGCGCAGCUACUAGAAUCAUCUACGGAGAUGAUAUAA